GUAUAUCAAAUAAAUUCUUUAAGUACAUUUAUUUAUAAGCAAUAGCUUACAAAUUACUCUAAAAAUAUAAAUUACAUUAAGAAAAUUCAAUGCGACAAGCUCAAUUAUAAAAAAUUAAUAAUAAGUCAUUUAUAACGUAUAAAAAUAACUUUAAUUUUUAUAAUUUAGUAUCUAUUUUUUCAUGUGUUUAGUAAAUAGAGGCUUUAGUUCUUUAAUUUUAUAAAAAUAAAUAAAGUGUUUUUUUCUGUAAAUAUUUAACAAAAUUCUGAUUGAACCCUUUUAGCUCCAGUACCCUCCGGUGCAAAUAAUCUCCGGCGAGAAAUCCGGCGACUACUCCCGGAAUUUUUGCUCUUAAAAGUUUUGUUCUUUGUCGGCGUCUUCAUCGUCAUGUCAGUGGAGAUCAAACUUUCGCGAUCCAACCGCAUUUAUCGCCCUAAUGAGCCAGUGGAAGGCAAAAUCGUAACGAAGCUCUCUUCUUCCAUUUCUCAUCAAGGUAUUCGACUCAAUGUCAACGCUUCAGUCAACUUACAGGUUCGAGGAGGAUCAGCUGGUGUUAUUGAGUCUAUUUAUGGUGUUAUCAAGCCUAUAACAAUACUGAAUAAGACUGUUGAGGUCCUAAAAUCUGGUAGAAUCAGCUCAGGUACUACAGAGAUUCCAUUUUCCUUCAAGUUGAAAGAUCGAGGAGAAAAACCUUUGGAAAAAUUUUAUGAAACAUAUCAUGGUGGGGAUAUUAGCAUUCAGUAUCUGGUAACUGUAGACAUUUCAAGGGGAUACUUACACAAGUCUCUAUCUGCCACAUUGGAGUUCAUAAUUGAAAGUGAAAAGGAGAAUCUUCCAGAGAAACCCAUUUCUCCUGAAAUGGUCAUCUUUUAUAUGACCCAGGACACACAGAGGCAUUCACUACUUCCAGAGCUACAAUCAGGGGGAUUUAGGGUAAGCGGUAAAGUGUGCACACUAUGUUCUUUGUCGGAUCCUAUUGAAGGUGAGCUAACUGUUGAGUCAUCUGCUGUUCCUAUCCAAUCCAUUGACAUUCACUUGCUCCGCGUGGAGUCAAUUUUGGUUGGAGAAAAGAUUGCAACUGAAUCCUCUCUGAUACAGACAACUCAGAUAGCAGAUGGAGAUGUAUGUCGAGGCAUGACUCUUCCCAUCUACAUUAUUCUUCCCCGCCUUUUGACUUGUCCGUCAAUCUUUGCUGGUCCAUUUUCCAUAGAGUUCAAAGUCAACCUCGUAAUAACCUUUCAGUCAGAGCAAUCGAAGGUGCAUUCAAAAUCCAAUUUCAAAACACUUAGAUCCAUGCAGCGGAAAGUGUUCCCCUUGAAUUGAUUCGGACAAAGUGAGAUGCUGGGCUCAGUGGGCGAAGACUGGGCUUAUGGACUGGCUCUGGCACCUUAAGAAUAAACUUCUAUUUUUCAAUCUUUCACCUGAAAGAUGACUAUCAUCAAGUUCCUCUGGUCACUGUAUGGCCAUGAAACGAUAUUCCUGUUGUACAUGUGGUGACAUGGAAGUCUUCUCAGAGAUAUCCUGCAGAGGAGAAUUGCUCAUCUAGAUGGACAAGUUGGGAAUGUGUAGAAACGGGUUGUGAAAAAGAGUUCGUUUGAAGUAAGAGAUCUGCCUAUUUUUGGUUCUUAUGCUUACUCUAGCCACACAAAAGACUGUAACAAAAUUGGCAAACUGGUCUCUUACAAGAGAAGUAAUAUCUUGUUUUUACAUGUCAAAAGAUGAACCCUCAAGCCUCGGUUUUGAAUAUCAUCCUAUGUGUAACGUGUCUUCCA